UGGAAAUUUAGACGAAAUUCUACGACUUUGGCUUGGAUUAUAUAUCGAGUACACUGUUGCGUUUGACUAUCUUUGUUUUUCGAAAAAAGAAUGGAAGGCAAGGCUCACUCAAUGGUUUUCCAAUGCAAAAAUUGCAAUUUUUCAACGCAUUACGACUAUUUUGGAAAGCAACCGCCGUUUUGUAAAGAAAUAAUAUUGCUUGAGAGUGUCUACGUCAUAAAAGAUCCAUUCACAAGAGAGACAGGAAUUGUGAUUCUUGGUGGUCACUGUGCUCUUUGUCAUACUGAAGUAUGUUGUGAUCAGAAAUGCAGUGUGUUUUAUUCUAAAAGAUUCUGUAUCCCAUGCAGUAUGAAAUAUUUCAAAGAGUUUCCAGCUGAAAUUCAGAAGGACGUACAAAAGAACGGAAACCUUGGACAAUAGAAAAUUUCGAAGGUUUUAUCAUUGACAGCGUUGAUGCAUGCAUGAUCUCGCGAU